AUGGCUGCUGCCACUGCCGGAAAGACCAUUACUUGCAAGGCUGCCGUCGCCUGGGAGGCCGGCAAGGACCUGACCAUCGAAGACGUCGAAGUUGCUCCUCCCAAAGCCCACGAAGUCCGCAUCCAAAUCUACUACACUGGCGUUUGUCACACGGAUGCAUACACUCUUUCCGGGAAAGACCCCGAAGGCGCGUUCCCAAUCAUUCUCGGACACGAGGGCGCCGGUAUCGUGGAAUCGGUGGGGGAGGGUGUCACCUCGGUGAAGCCCGGUGAUCAUGUCGUUGCGCUCUACACUCCGGAGUGCGGCGAAUGCAAGUUCUGCAUAUCUGGCAAGACCAACUUGUGCGGGAAGAUUCGUGCUACCCAAGGCAGAGGUGUGAUGCCCGAUGGCACCUCGAGAUUCAAGUGCAAAGGCAAAGACAUUCUGCACUUCAUGGGCACAUCAACUUUCUCCCAGUACACCGUCGUCGCCGAUAUUUCCGUUGUGGCCAUUACCGACAAGGCCCCCAUGGACCGGACAUGCUUGCUCGGCUGUGGCAUUACCACCGGCUACGGGGCGGCAGUGAUAACUGCCAACGUCGAGGAAGGUUCCAACGUGGCCAUUUUUGGCGCGGGCUGCGUUGGCCUUUCAGUCAUUCAGGGUGCCGUGAAGAACAAGGCCGGCAAGAUCAUUGUUGUCGACGUCAACAACAAGAAGAAAGAAUGGGCCGAAAAGUUUGGAGCCACCGACUUUGUCAACCCUACCGAGCUGAAAGGCCAGACUAUCCAGGAGAAGUUGAUUGAAAUGACGGAUGGUGGAUGUGACUACACCUUUGACUGCACCGGUAACGUCCAAGUCAUGAGAGCUGCUCUCGAGGCAUGCCACAAGGGCUGGGGUCAGUCUAUCAUCAUUGGUGUUGCCCCAGCCGGUGCCGAAAUCUCCACGAGACCCUUCCAACUGGUCACUGGUCGCGUCUGGCGAGGUUGUGCUUUUGGUGGCGUGAAAGGUCGAAGUCAGCUCCCGGGACUCGUGAAGGACUAUAUGGAUGGUAAACUCAAAGUCAACGAGUUCAUUACGCAUCGUCAGCCUCUUGACAAGAUCAACGAUGCAUUCCACGACAUGCAUGCUGGUGACUGCAUCCGAUGCGUGGUGGACAUGGGUGCGAAGCAAGGGUGA